GGAUCUUCUCGCAUCGACCACAGUCUUUCGCCCUCUAGUGAACCCUUCAUAAAGCCAAACCUCCCCACUGCCUGAAGCCCACUAUACCUGCUCUUCCGCCCCUCCUAUUACUUUGCACGGAAUCUCGUCCCAGAGCACUAUAAUAAUAAUUAAUAACAACCCUGAACUCCUACCCGUCUCAUAAUGACGCCGAGUGAGUUCUCCAACGAUGAGUAAUCCUGGUAUUAUAUGAACUGACACGUGCUUCAGAAAUCCAAACCGAUCUCACUAAGCUCUUCGGCAUUGAGCAUCCGGUUCUCUUGGCCGGAAUGAACGUUGCUGCUGGUCCUAAGCUUGCUGCUGCCGUUACGAAUGCCGGUGGUCUUGGUGUUAUUGGUGGCUUGGGGUACUCUCCAGACAUGCUGAGGGAACAAAUUGCCGAGCUCAAGGGUUAUUUGAACCACGAGAAUGCACCUUUCGGUGUUGACCUUUUGCUCCCGCAAGUUGGCGGCGGUGCCAGAGCUACCAACUAUGAUUACACCAAGGGUAAAUUAGAUGAACUUAUCGACAUCAUUAUCGAGAGCAGGACAAAGCUUUUUGUCAGUGCUGUCGGUGUCCCACCAAAGGCUGUUGUUGAGAAGCUCCACAAGGCUGGUAUCGCCUAUAUGAAGUAAGCUUUCAUCCGGCCUUUUUUCCACGUCAUCGAUGCAAAACAAUAACGAUUUACGGUAAUCAGCAUGAUUGGACACCCCAAGCACGUCCAGAAGGCACUUGACGUCGGCGCCGACAUCAUCUGUGCACAGGGCGGCGAAGGGGGAGGUCACACUGGUGUUGUCCCUACAUCCAUCCUCAUCCCCACUGUUGUCGAUAUGGUUAAGGGCAAGAGGUCACCUCUUAAUGGCCUACCCGUGACUGUGGUGGCUGCUGGUGGUAUCUACGACGGAAAGUCGCUUGCGGCAUCUUUAAUGAUGGGUGCCAGCGCUGUCUGGGUUGGGACACGGUUCAUUCUUGCUGAGGAGGCUGGUGCGCCCAAGGCCCACCAGGAGGCCGUAAGAACCGCUGGCUUUGAUGACACCGUUAAAACUACGAUUUUCACUGUAUUUCUCCCACCACCCUACCUAUCCACGGCUAUGCUGACCUCUACCCAGGGCCGCCCCCUUCGUGUCCGCAAGAACCCGUAUAUCGCUAAUUGGGAGGAGAACCGCAGCUCAGAGAUCGAAGAUCUCACAAGCAAGGGUAUCAUCCCCGCCGAGCACGAUAUCGAGCAACUUGAUAAAGAUGGCAAGCUUGACGACGACAUUAUGGCUAGCGCUAGACCAUUCUUGAUGGGUAAGGUUGCUGCCGUCGUCAACGAUAAGAAGCCUGCCAAGCAAAUUGUUGACGAGAUGGUUGAUGAGGCUGUUGUGAUGUUGCAGAAGGGCCAGAAGAUGCUUGCCAAGUUGUGAGCUGUUUCUGGUGCUGUGUAGAGGGUCAGGAUAGUAAAUAGGGUUGAGCUUCCCCCCCCCCCUUUAUUCCAGCGUGUAUAUACCUUAUUUGUUUUUCUACUGGUUACCCACUUAAAUACGAUCUUUGGGGAAGUCUGAAACCGCUGUAGCCGAAAUGUUAAUCGUGCCCAUGGGGAUCCCCACGCAUGAGGCGGUGAGACCACCUACGGUAUUCGAUUCCUCGCAGAACACAAGAUUCUCUCAAGCACUUGCCAGUACUGCGGUUCCGGGAAUUUUCUUUGUAUGAUACCAAGCGCAACCUUCAACACAAGCACUUGUGUGGCACCGUGAGGUUCGCCAUG